AUGGAAAGAAGAUUCAGUUCUCGCCUUCUCUGGGACCCGGGGGAGGGAUCCGGACCUCCGGGAAUCCGGACAUCCGGAAAUCCGGAAAUCCGGGAAUCCGGACAUCCGGGAAUCCGGACAUCCGGGAAUCCGGGAUUCCUGGAUUCCGGACAUCCGGAAAUCCGGAAUUCCGGACAUCCCGGAAUUCGGGAAUCUAGAAUUCCGGGAUUUCGGGAAUCCGGAAACCCGGACAUCCGGGAAUUCGGAAUUCCGGACAUCCGGGGAUCCGGAAAUCCGGACAUCCGGGAAUCCGGGAUGCCGGAAAUCCGAGAGUCCGGGGAUCCAAGGAACCGAGCCUCAAGGACCCAGGCAAACAUUUUUGCAAUUGACAUAUUUUUGAUAUCUUUCACAGGAGCCAAGAAAAAAUUGGUCGAAAUUGGUCAAGAAGGAUAUUCACAGGGUAUUGCCACUUCGAGAGCAAUUAUCUCGGUUCCUAUAACAGAUAUCAAAAAACAAAUCGAAGAAGUUCUAAAUGCUUUUGUAGAUAUCCUAACUUACAUUGACGAAUCUGAAAAUGAGCCUCAUCCAUAA